AAGACAAUUUAAAAUCCCCCCAUGUUAGUGUUGUCGUUAUUUAAACCAGAUCAAAUACCUACGUUUCUUAUCUGCACUCACACAAGCUCUGCCUGAAGAAUUUUCAAAUUCAGAAAAUGUACUGCAAAAUAGGAAUUUUUCUCUCGGCAUUACUUUUGAUUAACUUAGUAUCACUUGGUUUUUUGGAAGCUACGCCUGGCAAAGGUUGUCGACCGGGUUUAAUGAUGUGCAACCGUCGAAACGGGAAAAGGCAAGUAAAGCUUGGCACUCAGUUGACACAGCGACGUUUGGAGGCUGACGAUGAAACAUCGAAGACAAUCGCUAACGACAUCCAAGAGUUUGGAGACAGUAAGUACUUGGCUGAGAUGCGAAAAUGUCGACCAGCUUCAAUGUACUGCAAAGGAAAAAAGCGUUUCUUUCAUAGAAAAAAGGUUGAAAAUACUAGUAAUCUGUUUGGGCGAGUAUGGAGAAGAAAUCAAAGAAUAUCUGGAUCUAUGCUUACUGGAAUUUAGCUUUACAGAUGCACUUUUGGAUAGGAAAACUGACUAGAUUCAAGUAGAAAUAAAAAUUAAUAAUUGUCAAAAAGUCCUUACUGUGUUCACGCAUGUUUUUUUCAAAAAAGUAUGUUGUGUUUUUUUUCCAGUUCCUGCUUUGAACAGAUUUACAGAUUUACAGCAGACAUAUACAUAAAUGCUUUUCAGCAUGUACUUAUAUGAUUGCAAUAGACUUAAAUCUUAAUUAACAAAUAG